AUGAACGCAACGUUGAAAAAAUUGGACUCGUUGAUUCGUUCAGCGGAAAAGGAUGAUGUUUUACUUUACAUAACUGCAUUUCUUGGAGUGGUGACGCCUGGUUUGGUUUAUAUCUCCUAUCGAUUUGUGCAUCAGUUCUACGCAAAUUGUGCCAAGAAGCGUGAGGCUGAAAAACUUGUUGAGCGUCGAAUUCAGUCGGAAGUUUCGAUCUUUCAUGCGUCAGAAGACAAUUAUACUGAAGAACUGGCAAAUACUGUCGCUGAACGGGUAGGCUAUGAUUCAGCACCGGUGAUUGAUUUAGCUGCAAUCAGUCCAUCAGUAUUUUCUAAUUUCAUGGGUAUUGGUGUUUUUUUGAUACAAAGUACGAAGCAAGGUCACGAACCAGAAUGUGCUGAAUGGUUUUUCGACUGGCUGGAAGAUAUGUCGAGUCGAAAGAAAAAAUUGAAGGAAUUACCUUGCCAACGAAUGCAUUAUGCAAUUUUGGGUAUCGGUGAUUCGAAAUAUAGCAAGACCCGAUUCAAUCGUGCAGCGAUAAUUCUUUCAAGGCGCUUGAACGCGAUUGGCGCAUCUCAAAUUUGCAAAUUAACACUAGCGGAUAAGAAUGCCAAAAAAAGUUGUUCAGUUUCAGAACGCAGUUCAUCAUCGGCAGAUUCGAAUGGUUCAUCAUCAUCUACAAAUAGUUUGGAAUUAUUAUAUUCUGUGUUCGAAGAAGGUUGUAGCCACAGUAAUCGAAUAGAAAAAUAUAUUAAUCGGGAUAACCAGUUAGAAACAUUUGAAGAAUAUGAAAAUAGUGGAAGUGGCGAAUCGGAUGCUUCGUUUGAUUGA